AUGGGUAACAGCUCGCGCAGGUUCCUCGACCCUAACCUUACAACCGCCUCCAUAACCAGGUCCCUCGACCCUCAAGCCUUACAACCGACUCACAACCUAGGUUCCUCGACCCUCAUCCUCACAACCCAAAUCCCUCGACCCUCAACCUCACAACCGACUCACAACCCAGGUUCCUCGACCCUCAACCUCACAACCGCCUCACAACCCAGUUUCUCGCCUCAACUCAAACGCCUCAAAACCCAGGUUUCUCGAACUCAACCUCACACACGAUCACACCCAGGUUAUCCUCGACUAAGCAUCACAACCAGUUCCUCAACCCUAACGUCACACACCCAGCGUUUUCUCGACCCCCACCACAACCGGCUCAAAAACCCAGUGAGUCUCAUAGAGGUCCAGCACACGUUCAGCGGGAUUAGCUCUAGGCCGAAUGCACCUAACGCGGAGGCACGAUCUUAUAGGAUCACAUCUGUGUGCGGCUCAAAACCAAGGUGUCUUAGAGUCUUUAAGUUAGCCGUUACGACGAAGUCCCGUCUGCCCCCUCGAGCUCAUAGACCACGCUCCUUAGUCGCUCUCAAGCACUCAACAACUCCAAUGUCCCCGCCCUCCAAUGCUCAACAGGUCCCGCUCGCCUCUAACCUCCACCCAAACCGCAAGUCCUCGCCCUUGCCACCUCGUACCCAGUCCCUUCGCGGUCGAACUCACAACCACGUCCCUCGCCCUCAACCUCACAACCACGUAUCACCUAAAACCAAGUCCCUUCGCCCCUCAACUUCACAACCCGUAAGUCCUUGCGCUACAGGCCUCUACAACCCCGUACUCCGACCUCAACCUCACAACCCACGUCCCUCGCCCCUCAACCUCACAACCCACGUCCUGCCCUCAGCUCAAACCAAGUUCCCCUCGACGCUAGAACCUCACAACCACGAUCCUCGCCCUCAACCUAGACAAGCAAGUCCUCGCCGUGUAACCUCACAACAAAGUCCCUCGAAGUCACCCACAUUACCCACGUCUUCGCCCUCAACGCUCACAACCACGUUUCCUCGCCCUUCAAGCCGUCAAACCAAGUCCCUCGCGCCUCGCAAUCACAACUGCAGAUCUGCGACUCAACAACCCACGUCCCUCUAA